AUGACUGAAGGCGGCAGCAGCAGCAGCAGCACACAGAAGGGGCGAGAACGAACAGGGAGUUCGGUCUGCAAAGCACAGCCUCUGGCACCCCAGGACAUCAGUCUGGAGGAGUUUGAUGAUGAGGAUCUGUCCGAAAUCACCGACGACUGCGGCAUCGGCCUCAACUAUGAUUCAGACCAUUAUGAGAAGGACUGCCUGGUGCUGGAGCGGUGCGAGCAGCCCCAGACCAUCUGCUCCUUCCAGGAUGACUUCCAGGAGUUUGAGAUGAUCGACGACAAUGAGGAAGAGGAGGAGGAGGAGGAAGAAGGGACGGGGCUGGAGGAGGCCCCGCCCUCCCCGUCUGCCUCUCCCAUACCUUCACCCACCCUGGGGGAGACCCAGAAGCACCGGCCCACAACUCUCCACCUGACAGCCACGGGCACACAGGACUCCUUGAACAACAACAGCAGCUGCAACCCGGCGCCGGCCCAGCAGCGGGCCACCUGGCAGGAGACGCUGCGCCUGGCCUCCCCCCCUCUGUCCUCGGCUGCAGCCCAUGCCGAACGCUCCUCUCCCUCGCACCCGUGCCUCCAGGAUGGGCCCUGCUUGGACGCUCAGAGCAGCAAAGGCCCGGAUCCCGCCCAGCCUCCUUGCAAGCCCGGUCUUUAUGACGCAGAAGGCAACAGCCGCGACGUGCAGGGGGGCCCACCUGCUGCCCGUCCCGGAGAAGACUAUAACAAGAACAUCGUCUCCUCCAUGUUGUCCCACACCCGGCCUCCUUCAGCCCCCCCUGGCCAAGCCUCUCCCGAGCCCCAAGAAGCUACGAAAGGCCCAGAGACCCGCCCCCCCAGCAUCAGCCCCUACCGCUCUCCUGCCACAGACAGCUAUUGUGCCCGGUUUCAGAGAGAUGCGGCGGGCUGCAGGGAGCAGGAGACAAAAGUUGGCAGCCCUGCUGGUGGCACUGGUGGCAGCACUGGCCACGGCGGGGCUCCCUCCCUGACCGGCCAGGGCAGCCCCUCGCCCUCCAAGGAGGAGCCAGCAAGGGGCUACAGAGAUGCCGGGCCUGGAGGGCGCCAUCGGUUGGGGGCUCCCACCAGCCCCGCCAGGGAGACCGAAGAGCCGCUCAGUUCUGAAGGAGAGGGAGCGCGGGGGAGCCGGGCUACGAGCGUGCGAGGGCUGCCCUCGGCCUCGUCGGACACCACAUCCCCUUCGUCGGACCCGGGCAUUGAGGCCGACCUCACCAGCCGCAACUCCAAGGCCUACUUGCCUGGCGGCCGACACAGCGAGGACCUCAGCUCGCCCGGCUCGGACUCGGACGUGGAGGGGGAGAUCGAGGCCGCCUUUGCCUGCAGCGGGAACCGCCUGGCCAGCAACAUGAUCUCCAGCAUCUCAGAGACCGAGCUGGACCUGAGCAGCGACACCAGCAGCGGACGGUCUUCCCACCUCACCAACUCCAUUGAGGAGGCCAGUUCCCCGGGGUCGGAGGCGGACCUGGAGGCGGACCUGGAGGCCCAGGGGGUGCUCGGCCUGAAGGAUGCCCUGCUCCUCGACACCACGGGCAAGGAGAACGAGACCGCAGACCGGCCGCCAGGCGAGGGCCUGCUCGGGAGGGAGAGCUUGGCACCACUCAAGAUCGAAGAAUUCUAUGAAGACCCCUCUGCCCCCAUUGACCAGAUGGACGUGCCUCUCUCGGGCCCCCUGGAGCUGGAGAUCAACCCCGACCACAGCCUGGAGAGCCUGCGCCGCUCCUUCUACUUGCCGGUCGGACCCAAGCUCAUGCCCGAGGGGGAUGAGGACGAAGACGAGGAAGGGAACAGCGAGUACGAUUCGGAGUCCGACUCUGAGUCCGAGCCCGACCUGAGCGAGGACUCGGACUCCCCCUGGCUCCUCAGCAACCUGGUGAACAAGAUGAUCUCAGAGGGCUCCUACCCCAUCAAGUGUGCCGAGGAGUGCUUCCCCGCGGCCCACUCCCUCUCGGACACCAUCUCUCCGGCCUCCGACCUGGAGCCGGAGAUCCCCAGCGAGGCCCUGAGCGAGGCUCAGCUCUGCCCCCGGCAGAGCAUCGAGCUGGUCGACAUGGAGACCCUCCGCUGCUCCCUGCAGAGCGCAGCGGGAGAGAAGACCGCCGAGGCCCAGCCAGCUGCCGAGCUGGAGCCCCCGCCGAGCGACCUGGGGCCCUACCUCCUGAUGAGCAACCCGACCGAGGACACCAUCACCCCCGUCUUCCCUGGCCGGCUGCUCUCCGGCUGCUGCCAGGCACCGGCCAAAGGCUUGCCCUCCAGGGAGGCCCCCCGUCAGGACUGGGCGAUGGAGGGGGACCGGGACUCAGGCCUCCUGGAGGACAAGGACAUGAUCGACGACGUCCGGUUAGAGCACCCCGACGGGCUGGACGUCUCCACCGCCAAGACCAACCGCUGCUUCCGCCUGGCGUAUUCCCCCGAGGAGGGCGAGGCCCCCUGCCUGGGCAGCCGGCAGGGCUCCCCGUCGGCAGAGGACCUGCCCUUGCCCCCGCCCGCCAUGGCGCUGGACGACUCCUUGGCCUACGACUCCAUCAAGUACACCCUGGUGGUGGACGAGAACACGCAGCUGGAGCUGGUGAGCCUCAAGCGCUGCACCUCCCUGCUGAGCGACGACAGCGAGGAGCUGCGGGCCUGCGAGGGGGCCGACCUGGAGGACGAGGGGGCCAGCGACCUGGAGGACGGGCUGGUGGCCCCCGACGGGCGCAGCUGCUCUUCCUCCUCGGAGGACUCCUCGCCCGAGGCCGACCUGCACUUCUCCAAGAAGUUCCUCAACGUUUUCGUCAACAGCACGUCCCGUUCCUCCAGUACCGAGUCCUUCGGUCUGUUUUCUUGCAUGGUGAAUGGGGAGGAGAGGGAACAGACCCACCGAGCUGUCUUCAGGUUUAUCCCUCGCCAUGAAGACGAGCUUGAGCUUGACGUGGACGACCCGAUUCUGGUGGAGCUGGAGGAGGACGACUACUGGUACCGGGGCUACAACAUGCGCACGGGGGAGCGCGGCAUCUUCCCCGCCUUCUAUGCCCACGAAGUGGUGAGCCCGGCUAAGGACGUGGCAGGCUUGAAGCGGAAUCCGUGCUGGGUCGAGCGCUUCAACGUCCAGUUCCUGGGCUCGGUGGAGGUCCCGUACCACCAAGGGAACGGCAUCCUGUGUGCAGCUAUGCAGAAGUUUGAGCGCUGCAGCCAUUUCUUCCAGAUGAAGAACAUCUCCUUCUGCGGAUGCCACCCCCGCAACAGCUGCUAUUUCGGCUUCAUCACCAAACACCCCGUCCUGAGUCGCUUUGCCUGCCACGUCUUUGUUUCCCAGGAGUCCAUGCGGCCCGUCGCGGAGUGCGUCGGCCGCGCCUUUCAGGAAUACUAUCAGGAGCACCUGGAGUUCGCUUGCCCCACAGAAGACAUUUACCUGGAGUAGGGGGGGGGAGGCGGCGCCCCUCCUGCUUCCGCACCCCCUUCGGUGCCCCAGGACCCUGCGCUCUGCCAGGCGGGGCCGCCCCCCCGGGGCCGCCCUCCUUUGCGCCAGCAGCACCUUGCAGCAGCAGCGGGGCCGUCGAGAUGGGAGAGAGGUGCCCCCACCCUGCCCAGCGGUCGCACCCUGUCCUUUCCUCUCCCUCCCUCCCUCCCUUCCCUCCCCCGGAAAGCUCUGCAGCCUUUGCCCGGUGGCCCUGGGAGGAAGGCCUGGGGCUGGAGGGUGUCUUUGGGGCCCCUCCCUCAUUGGAAGAGGCUGGGCUGGGAGUCGAUCUCCUCC